UCAGUAUCAGACAGUGUAACUCCACCAGGUGUCGCUCUUUCAGUGUGAUUAAUGUGAUAUUCAGUCAGUGCUGAUGGUGGGAGGAGCCAGUAAAGCUGCUCAUUACUGAUAAAGAGCUGAAUAAAGAGGAAGUAACUAAAGCAGACAGAUGUAGAGACAGAGAGAUUCACACAGAGAUCAUUCAGCAGAAAGAAGACUGAACUCAACUCACAAUGAAGAUCCUCCUCAUCUUCCUCACUUUCUACCUGAUCUCAGCUGCAGUGAGAUGCUUUAGCGUCACGGGAUAUUCUGGAGGAAGUGUACUGGUGGAUUCUGGGAGGACUUCAACCAGUAAAUCUCAAUAUCUGCAAAAACAAAUCAACAGAGGGUGGAAUACAAUGAUAAACAAUAGUGAAGAACAUCACCAGAUUACUAAAGGAAGAUUUAUUCUGUAUCUCAACAAAAACAAACGCAUCAUGCUUUUCAUUAGAGAACUAAAUGCACAGGACUCUGGAAGAUACAGGAUUGGGAUUUCAGGUUCAGAGGGUGUUGAAAUAAAUUUGCAUGUGUUAGUUGAUUCAUGCUGUAGUGUGACAAAAAGACUGGAGGUGAAUCAUGGACUAACUGCAACCUUCAACUGUGAAUAUUCAAAGAAUCAUAUUAAUUAUUAUAAGAUCAUCUUCAAAGAAAAUAAAUACUCCAUUGAUGAGAUGAUAAACACCGCAUAUAGAAAGAAUGUAAGGUUCAGUUUGACUGAUAAAACAGAUCAACGACUCAUGACUGUGGUUAUUUCUCCUGUGAGACCGGAUGAUGGAGGAGUUUAUUUAUGUGGAGUGGAGAUCAAUAGAUACUCAUACAGUUACUCCAUUAUUAAUACUGUUCAUCUACAUCUGAAUCAUAAAGUGUGUGUGUCUAGAGUGAGCGGCUCCUCAGGAGGACGUUUGAUGAUCAAGUGUGAACAUCCUCAAUACAAAACCAACCCAAAAUACAUCUGUAAAGAAUCAGACGGAUGUUCAGAGAGGAAGAAUCCAGGAGUUCAGGGUGAAUGGAUGGAGAAUGGAGAUGUUUCUUUAUAUGACGACACCAGAGCAGGAGUCUUGAUGGUGUUUUUUAGAGAGCUGAAAGCUGCAGAUGAAGGAACAUACAGGUGUGGAGUGAAAGUAUCUGACUAUACUGAGAGCUUCACUGAGAUACAGCUGAGCGUCAGACACGAUGAAAACUUUCCAAAGCAUGUGACUGAAUCUGUGUAUCUUGGUGGAGAAGUCAACAUCACCUGUCAGAUCCCAGAGCAAAAUAAAGUUCAUUUCUGCAAAGAGGAUGAUAAUCACAUCUGCCAAAGCAUCGUCUCAUCUAAAGUGACAGAAAUGAGUGUUUCAUCAGAGAGAAAUGAAGAGAGAGUUGUUACAGUGAGCAUCAGUAAUGUGAGUGUGAGAGAUGCUGGAGUUUACUGGUGUGGAGCAGAAACCAGAGACACAGAUCUGACUUUCAUCUCCCUGAACACUCAAAUUCAGCUCAACCUCAUCAUGCCUCCAGUAGUGAGAGAUGAAGGAGAAUCAGCUGAGAUCAUCUGUCCUUAUGAUUCAAUCUAUAAAUCAAAGCCAAAGUCUCUCUGUAAGGGGAAGUGCUCCACUAGAGACAGAAAUCCUCUCAGUGAGACUGUGAGAGAAGAGAAAGAGACCAAGACUGGCAGAUUGACUCUGAAUGAUGACGUCACUGCAGGGGUCUUCACUGGGACCAUCACUGGACUGACAGCAGAGGAUGCUGGGAAAUACUGGUGUGCAGUGACAUUAGAAACAGAGCUCAAUUAUCUUUACACUCAUCUGAUCGUCAUCAUGAACGAGGAGCUGAACUUGACUAAGUAUGAAGGAGACGACGUGUCAAUCCAGUGCAAACAUCAUGAUGAAGAUCAGAAACGCUUCUGCAAAGCACAUGAAGCCUCCAUGUGUGUGAAGGAUGGAGUUUCAUUGGAGACGAUCAGAGAUGAUCGAUUCUCUUUCAGUGAUGAAGCAUCUACUGGAGUCUUUACUGUGAACAUCACUGAUCUGAGAGAAGAGGAUUCUGGGACAUACUGGUGUGGUGCUCACGUCAUCACUAAAGUGCUUUUAAAUGUCAGCAAGGAUAAGGAUAGAAGUAAGAUAACUUUGUUUUAUUUGCUAUUUGAAAUUUGAACACUUACUGAUCUUCCCGUGUGACACU